AUUACGAAAACAACAGACAGCAGACAGCUUUGGACCUUGGAAAUUGUUGGAUUUAUGUUCGUUUGAUUUCCGUGUUGCUUCUUACGUAAUCGCAAACGUGCGUUUGUUUUGUCGUCAUGCUGUGGGAAAAAUAGGGUCGAAUAUCCCCCUUGUUCGGCAUGCAACGAACACAGAAUGCGUCGCCGAGUGCAAGCAGCAGUAGUCAAUGUCCAAAGGAAGGCACCCCUGUCAGCACAAAGGUUACCAAGAAAGCAGGACCUUAUCUACUAGGUCCCCGGCUUGGCACGUCACCUGUCUGCAGUAUAACGCAAUGCCUUGCAAGAAAAGAAGGGACGGAUGACUUCUAUACAAUAAAGAUUCUUACCCUGCAAAGUCCAGAAGAGGAGAGCCAAGAAGGCAGACAGGGGAAAAUGCUGCUGCAUACGGAAUACUCUCUUUUAUCCCUGCUACAUGACCAGGAAGGAGUGGUGCAUCAUCAUGGCAUAUUCAAAGAUCAUGCUUGGGAAGAGCGUGACUCUAAUGGGUCACCAGUGUAUACUGGACGUAUGAUACAGCGCCUGUGUCUGGUACUCGACUGCCUCUGUGCACACGACUUCAGUCCCAGCUCCGCGCACUUACUCAACUUGCAGCACUACGUCAUCCGCGAAAAAAGGCUCUCUGAGAGAGAAGCGCUUCUUCUUUUCCACCAUAUUGUGCGUGUGGUCUGCGCUCUGCACCAGAGGAACAUAGUGCAUCGUGACCUGAAACUGGGAAAUAUGGUGUUGAACAAGUGCACGCGGCAAGUUACACUGACUAACUUUUGCUUGGGAAAGCAUCUUCUCAAUGAGAACGACUUGCUGAAAGACCAACGUGGAAGCCCCGCAUACAUCAGCCCUGAUGUCCUGAGCGGAAAGCCAUACUUGGGAAAACCUAGUGACAUGUGGGCCCUUGGUGUUGUCCUCUUCACGAUGCUGUAUGGACAGUUUCCAUUCUAUGACUCUGUACCUCAAGAGCUCUUCAGAAAGAUCAAAGCUGCAGAGUAUUCUAUACCUGAGGACUCUCUUAUAUCAGACGACACCAAGACCAUCAUCAGGCAGCUACUGGUAUUGAAUCCCAAGCAGAGAAUGACAGCUGAUCAAGUUCUGGAUAUGCUGGGAAUGACCCUGUCAGUGUGGGGUUCCUUGGCAACAACGGGCAUCCCGCUUCAAGUCGUGCCAGACAUUGAUGAUGAGAAAGAGUCGAAGAACAGCAGUACCAUGAACGGAGAGAGGCUUCCUCUUCCUACUUCAUCCACGUCACGAGUGAGGGAGCAGCCUCGGCAGCUUGGAGAAUCGCUCCUUGGCCCUGCCUCUCUUGGACUUGGGAUGCGCAAGAGCAUUCUGGGCAAGAGGACCAGGGCGCCUGGAGCUUUGCCCAUUCGCAGAGUAGCAGAAGAUGCCCAGCCCCUGACAGCUGUAGAAAGCAUGAGCUACAGGAGCCUCCUGCAAAGAAACACGUGAUGAUGGUUGUGCAUUGGGCGGCAGCUAAGACAGUUCCCUGCGGACGACAAAGAGGCAGUGCGUAACACAUGAAGCAGGUUCUAGAUGUCAGAUCUCGUUUAAGUUUAGAACAAAUGUGUAUAGUAUGUUGAACCUAUGCAAGACAAUCUUGGUAGACAUGCUUCUGUUGCUUGUGGCUUAGAUGGGAAUGUAGCAGCACAGUACCUAAACAAACAAGAUGUUGGCAAAUGGGCCGUACACAGGACUCAUAUAUCCAAAGCAGAAUGGUGCCAAAAAUGGUGUUGCUCGAAAAUGAAAAGGCCAUGAUUUUUGGAAUAAAAAAAAGAAAGGGAAGGCUGGUGACUAUAUUCAACAUAAUUCAAUUACGACUGUCUCAGAUACAAGCAGCAAUACAUAGGCUGUAAAGAACAGUGCAUGAACGAAGCAUAAAUACUAGGGAUCGAGUCCUACCCACGUUACAAUUGCACACACAGAUAAAAAAUCCUGCCUGUGCUGCUCCCUACAAUGCCUGCCCAUUGUGAUGUGCUGGCUGCACGGGAUGAAGUGCAGCCCAUACAGUGCAGAGGUCAGAGGUCUCUAUUUCUGCCAAGUGUCUGAAAGAAGUAAGACAAUGUGUCAUACAUCUCAUAUUUUACUCAAUGCAUUCAAUAGGCAACUGUACAGACAUGGUUCUAGAGAACCUCAUAUUGCCAUUGCCAAUCCCAAGAAGUUGUUGCAGUUCAUGCAGUGAUGCAUUGUACAACAUUUGUACAUAUGAUACCCAUCAAGAAAAAAUACAACUGUUAACGAGCCCUGCUCGCAGAAUGUGCUUCUCAUAAUAAUGUGGGUCAAGCUGAUUGUAAUAACAAUGGACCUCUUUCCUAAUCAUAUCAUGGCACUUCGGCAAACCAGUCUUGUCAUGCGCCCAAACAAACCCAUGUGCAUAGCACCUAAUCACAAAACUGGUCUUUGAGGUGUGCUGUCGAGAUGAUCUUGUCUCCUGAGCGUGAUUCAUACUGGGAGCGAAGUGUUCCGCCUGAAUUGGAUGCGCAAAACGCCAUCUAUCCAGAGCAAAGUGAAUGUUCUGUGGAGCCUUCAAUGUCACAGGCACCAAAAUGCGUACAUAAAGGCAAUUAUGAAAGAGGUCCAUUACGUGAGGAAAAAAAUUAGGCUUCUGUGAAAGCUUAGAGUUUUUAAUAUCAUAAUCUGAUGAGGUAUCUGUGUUUGUAUAGUUUGAAUUACAAUGCAGUUAGUUACACCACAAUAUGAAUUUCUUCCACGGUAUCAGAAUUUCAGUUUUGACUCCACUCCACCACACACCAUAUCGAUGGAUUCAGCUUUGUUAGCGGUUCACCGUAGGAGAUGUGAUACUCCACAUUGGGAUAAUUUCCAAUGAGAAACAGUUCACGUGAGCAGCCAAUACAUACCUGAGUGUAACACAUUUCAUAUUCUAUGCAACUGCAGAGAGAGUGUUCCGCAUGUCGGGAUGGAAUUUGACGGUGAUCGCACAACACAGACACUUGUGUCAAGGUCAACACAAGAUGUUAGCGAGUGACACUGCAUGCUUCGUGUUACUGCGACCAAUACGACACUACGCGCAUGACAAGCACUUGGAAUAUCUCAGUGUCACAUUCCAGUCUCAUUCAUAAAUGACGACAUUGCACGUAUGUAGGAUAUACUUGUAGUACUACUUGUACAUGUGAUAAGGCAGCAGACAGAUGUCAAAUGGUACGAGCAUCUAGUUUCCCAAAGCAGUGUGACAUACUGGGGAUUUUAUGUGCCAGUUAUAGGUGCACUUACAACAACUGCAACUUUAUUUUGGUGAUCUUGAAAUGUUUUACUCUAAAACACAAGGCCCCAGGCCUCUCAGUAACAGUGCUCCAUGCAGGGCUAUCAGCUCACAAAUUUCCUGCUGGCCUCUUUUUAGGUGAAAUGUCCAGAUCCCCUUUUGUAUCCUCUGUGUAUAGCGCAACUUCAUUUUAUAACAAUUUUCAGGUUCAUUACGAUGCUGUUUGGUACACAAUUGGUUGCAGAAUAUUGCUGCUCAGUUCAGUUUGGCUUACAACUGGAAAUCUAUUAUUUGUGCAAGCGUGCUAAGUAAUGCAGAAGGUGUGGGUUUGAGUCUUACAGCUGGCUAACCUUUUCAGUGACUUCCAUCUUUCACUGCUAAAUGUCACUUAUUAAAAUGUCAUAUUAGCAAAGAAGAGGACAAUAGACUGCAGUAGUGUCUGUGUUGGCUGCACACGUGAAUACGCAGCAGGUGUGGUCUUGAAAAAAGAAAAACGGAAAACUGUCCAAAAAUAUAAACCUUAUUUGUAUCACAUCACACUGAUGAAAACAUGUCUGUAUAUCUGGUUUUUAGGUGUACUUCCAGAAAUGCACUGCUACAGUUUCAUGCUAUUCUUCAAACUGUGGUAGCUGAGCUCUGUUGUGUACUAGCUUUCCAUCAUGCUGCAUGCUACAGUAGCGCAUCAUUUCCUGUGCAUUUCACCUUUAUUUUUCCACAUCACUACAGAGGUUACCAGUGUCAGACACCGGAAAAACUGUGCAUCACACAACUACUCUCCACCCCAUUCAAUGCCCUCAAAGAAAUGUUCAAAUUUCAUCAUAUAAACUUCAGCACCGAAGUGUGACAUGGGCUUGUCCCAUCCCACAGAUGGCUACAUAAUGCAGACUGAUAAAAUAAAUAAAAGGCAAAUGAGCUGGCAGCAUAUAUCCAUGACGUAACCCCCCUCGCAAGACUAAGGAAGAAAAAGGUGUCUACAUGUGCAUCCCUUUUUGUUCCCUAGUCCUGGUGGUUUCCCUUAUGGAUACAUGCAGACUGACUUUGAGGCAAAAAUCCCACAAAGCUGUAGUCGUUGCUCAUGUCACACAUUCACAUGAGAUAGAGAUCUACCAUCUGAUGUAGAUCUAUGUAGAUGUGCUUGUGCAUAAUUUUUCUCUUUGUGGGUGACUUUUAAUCCUGUAAUAUCCACAGAGUUUUGUAUGGUAUUGCUGUAGUGAGAAAUGCAAAAGAAAUUACUGUUACAUAAGCAUUUCUAGAGUGGCCUCCUAUUUUUCUACGAUUAGGUCGCAAAUUUCUCAUGUAUUCACUCUAUGUAUUUCAUGGCAUUGAGUAACUGUGUGUAGCAAGUAUUAGGCUCUACAGUGUCACUACUUGUGUCUUGCACUUGUACAGUGUUGUACUUAAUUUCCUUUGGCAACUACGUGUGUGAAAAUGUACAUAAUAAAUAGUGCAUUCUAUUUUACUGCAACA